AAAACCACUAUCAACGCUACAACAUAACCUGAAACUUGAAACGAAUACAGCUAAUGAUGUGAUGAUUUGUGAUUGAACUAUAAGCAACAGUGUAUUCUGUAUAUUAUUAAUAGUUCAAUGUGUGAUACUGAUAUCUAAAUAAAUAAAUACAUUCCACAAAAUGACCGGGGAAUCUGGAGGAUUUGAUAUUUUAGAAAUAUACAAACAGAUUUCUACAAAGUUAAAGAAACGUUUUUUGCGUAAACCCAACGUCACCGAUGCCUGCGAAUCUUUUACUACCUUAGGCCGACAUUGCGAAACUGUUGAAAUGCCUGUAUACGCAGGAAUGUGUUGGAUUGCCGCCGCACGAUGUGAGGGCUCAUUGGGCAAUGUACCAGGUGAAACGUCGUGUCUCAUUCGUUCGGCACAUAACUUCAUGUCUGCUCAAAUUAAGAACAAGUCAUUAGGUUGUCAAAGUGUGGCCACCGAAAAUUUACAAGCGGCUUUAGGUUGCUACACUCAUGCUCGGUCGCGAUUACAAGAGACUUGUGCAUUGCAUACCGGCAUCGAUCUCGAAAUAGCAGAAUCUCUCACAAAAUUAAAUGACAAUUUAACCACAGAAAUGUAUUUGAAGGACGCCAUUGAUAUCUCAGAAUAUUCUUUGUACACUCGAAUUCAUUGCUUGCAAUUGCUUUCUUCAAAUGCGAUAGAGCGGAGCGAUUACAGCUCAGCGUUAGAUGCAGUUACUGAAAUAAUAAACCUACUUAAAGAUGUUCCAAAGACUGGUGUUAGAUCUGAUAUUUUACUGAAUUGUGAAGUUACUCAAAUCUUUCUGUUGUUGAUUUUGAAACCUUCGCACCAAAAGUUGACUCCACAAUUCGCCAAAACCUUGGAGAAAUUUACGUGGGGCGAUAUGAAUGAUCUCAAGCUGAAAUCAUACAUGUGUGAAGAACUACUUUUACUUCUGCAAUCUCUAGUAAUCACAUGUCAAACUAGUGAUACAACAAGUUUACCGCAUUUAGAAAGUCAGCUUUGGUCGUUUUUAUCAGUUGACCAAAAGACUUUGUUACGUACAUUAGUGUUUAUUUAUUUGUAAGUGUCAUAUUUCUUUUAAUAAAAUGUUGAUAAAUUGGAA